UUUUUUUUUUUGUUUAGUAGUAAUAGUCGUAGUCUUAUUGAUAUUAGUAAAAUCAGACCCUUACACAAAAAAGCAGAAGGGGAUUUGAUCAGUUAUAUCAUACUAGUUACUACUCCGGUCUCCGGAAUAACUAACUGGGAAACUCUGGAGUCUUCUGGACACAAAACAAACAAACAAACAAAAAAGGUGCAAGGGCAAAACACAAAGAUCAAAAUUUCUCCGGCUAGUCCGCAAUGACCGAAGCCAAACCGGUAACGACCUUGGCCCUCCUCUGAGAAGAACUUUUGGGCAGGGUCUCAGGUGGAUUCCACUUCGCAACCACCAUGGCUGUCACCAGCUCU